UGUUGUGAAAGAAACUCUGAAAUUCGUUUUCCAUUUCUCUUUCCUACUCAUUUACUCGAAGAACCCCUAUUGUUGUUCUUUCUUCUCUUAUCAGUCAGUCAUCAGCCAAACCACUACCGCUUUCUUCCACUAUCUCUCCAGUCCGCCAUUUCCACACUUGGAUCAUUCCCAUUUUUCACCCUUGUUCAUCUUCAUCAGCUCCUCAAUUUGAAUUUCAGCUGCUGGGACUUUUGCUGCCCAAAGGGUUUCGGGGCCAAUGGAAUCGGAGGACGAGCUCGACAUGCACGAUGCCCACGACGACGACGACGAAGACAAUGAGGACGCCUUCUACAGUGGCGGCGACGAUGAUGCUGCCGCCAUCGACAGCGACGAUGCUGAUGUCGGCGAUUACGAGUUUAUUGAUAAUGAUUCCGACGAUUCCGACGAUAUGGUCUCCUAUCGGCACCAGCAAAACUAUAUAAUCUUGGCUGAGGCAGAUAUACGGCAACGACAGGAGGAAGACAUCAUGAGAGUAUCCACUGUUCUUUCUAUUUCAAAAGUUGCAGCUAGCAUCCUGCUCCGAUAUUACAACUGGAGUGUCAGUAAAGUGCAUGAUGAAUGGUUUGCAGAUGAAGAAAAGGUCCGUAGAGCUGUUGGCUUACUAGAAAAACCAGUUCUGCAAUCUUCAAAUGAACUAGAACUACCUUGUGGUAUAUGUUUCGAAAUUUAUUCACGUGAUAAGAUUCAGUCUGCUGCUUGUGGCCAUCCAUUUUGCAAUACGUGUUGGACAGGUUAUAUUAGCACAUCUAUCAAUGAUGGUCCAGGAUGUCUUAUGUUGCGAUGUCCAGAUCCAUCUUGUGGUGCUGCUGUUGGUCAAGAUAUGAUAAAUUUAUUAGCUUCUGAUGACGACAAAAAGAAAUACUUCCGCUAUUUUGUUCGAUCCUAUGUUGAAGACAAUAGAAAGACCAAAUGGUGCCCUGCUCCAGGAUGUGAUUAUGCUGUAGAUUUUAUAGUUGGAAGUGGAAGCUAUGAUGUUACUUGCAGAUGCUCCUAUAGCUUUUGCUGGAAUUGUACUGAGGAAGCUCAUCGUCCUGUUGAUUGUGGCACUGUAGCUAAAUGGAUACUGAAGAAUAGUGCUGAGUCAGAAAAUAUGAACUGGAUAUUGGCAAAUUCAAAACCUUGUCCAAAAUGCAAACGACCUAUUGAGAAAAAUCAAGGAUGCAUGCAUAUUACUUGCACACCACCCUGUAAAUUUGAGUUCUGCUGGCUUUGCCUUGGUCCAUGGUCUGAUCAUGGAGAGAGGACAGGAGGAUUUUAUGCAUGUAAUCGCUAUGAAACUGCAAAGCAAGAGGGAGUGUAUGAUGAUGCUGAAAAGCGCAGGGAGAUGGCCAAGAAUUCUCUGGAGAGGUAUACUCAUUAUUAUGAAAGAUGGGCUACCAACCAAUCGUCUAGGCAAAAGGCACUUGCAGAUCUCCAUCAAAUGCAAACUGUGCAUCUGGAAAAGUUAAGUGACAUUCAGUGCCAACCUGAGUCACAGCUAAAGUUCAUAAGCGAAGCAUGGCUACAGAUUGUUGAGUGUAGGCGAGUUCUUAAAUGGACUUAUGCCUAUGGAUAUUAUCUACCUGAGCGUGAACAUGCGAAGAGACAGUUCUUUGAAUAUUUGCAAGGUGAGGCUGAAUCUGGGUUGGAACGACUCCACCAAUGUGCAGAAAAGGAGUUGCAAGUUUACCUAAAUGCCGAUGGUCCUUCAAAAGAUUUUAACGAGUUCCGUACCAAACUUGCUGGACUAACCAGUGUAACUCGGAAUUACUUCGAAAAUCUAGUACGUGCUCUUGAGAAUGGUCUGGCCGAUGUGGACUCCCACGGUACCUGCAGCAGAACUGCGAGCUCAAAGAGUACUGGCAGCUGUAGGAGUAAAGGUGGUAAGGGCAAGAUGAGCGCAUUCCGAGCUAGUGGGUCAAGUCGGAAUAUUGAUGAUACCGACCAUUGGUCUUGUGAACAUUGCACCUUUGCAAACGUCAAGUCAGCUACCAUCUGCCAGAUGUGCCAGCAAAGGCGAUAACCAUAUUCACCGCUGGAAAACCAACAUGGAUGAUGAGGCGUUCAUUCCUCCCAUCAUCUGUUCUCGCUGGUCGGAAUGUUCAAGUGCAUUAUUUGGCUUUCAGAAGGAAAUAACUCAUUUUAUUUCAGGUCAUCGGAUUUCGGACCAGCGCAACUGGACCAAGGCAUAGGAGUGUUUGAGAAACUGAAUAUCAGCUGUAUAUAGUUCCUACUCUUUGAUUGUUUUACGUUCAUUUAUAGCAUCUUAUAACGUGUACCCAACUUGUGAUAGUGUAUUUAUAGAUACAUAAUACGUAUAAAUAUAUAUAUCUGUAUCAAGCAUUAGAUGCAGACAGGCCUUUGAGUCAAUAAGCUGCCAUUAACUGUUGUAAGAAUUAUUUCAACAUUCUGCACCCUUCACUGCUACUUCACAUAGAAGGGAUUGUAUCUGAAUUCAAAUUUGCAACCUUAUGAUAUAGUUUUUCCUUUUUCAUUUUUCA